AUGGCUCAACAGAACAUGCACGCCAUCGUCUCGCGAAUCUUCCGCAGCCCGACUGAGAAAGUCAUAGCUGUGCCAGAACCCAGAGCGGACGAGCUCCUCGUACGCGUUCAUGCCGUAGGCCUCAAUCCAGCAGACAUCAAGCUCAGCGCCCUGACCUUGUCCGGAAAGGUGUGCGGUUGUGAAUGGGCGGGCACCGUCGAGAAGGCAGGAAAGGAGGUGCAGGGCUUCAAGCAAGGUGAUCGCAUCGCUGGCUUCGCUCCUGGCGGCCAGAACAACAGGACUGCUGCUUUUGCUGAAUUCCUGUGCUGUCGGGCAGAUUCGGUCUUCCGAGUGCCUUCCGGGACAAGUAUGGAAGAGGCCGCUUCCCUCGGCGUUGGGAUGGUCACUAGCAUGCUCACCCUUCGUCAAUUUCUCGGCUAUCCGGGUGCCAUGGCUCAGCACGGGGACAGGAAAGGCUCGCUGGCAAGCUAUGAUGGCCCGCUGCUCGUCUGGAGCGCCGCAACGGCGUUUGGAAUGCACGCUGUGCAACUGGCCAAGAUCCUAUCGCCACAUCGCAAAGUCAUCGCCACGGCUUCAGCGGGCAAGCACGAUCUCCUGCGAUCUUUGGGCGCAGACUUCUGCUUUGAUUAUUCUGACCCCGACGUCGUGGAGAAGAUUCGCAAGCUCGAACCCAUACGGGCCGCCAUCGAUACCUUUGGCGAAGCCGCGACUACAGAAAAGGCAGCAAGGUGUCUGACCGUUCCCGAUCAAGGCGAGGCAAUCAUCGUGUCUAGCCAGCCAAGCAUGCCUUUUGCUGGACCCAAACUCCCUCGAGGUGUCCGCCUCGCCGCGGUCAUGUCAUACACAGCAUCUGGUGAGCCGGUCCGGGUCGCCUUUGCCCUCACCUGGCCUGCUUCGCCCGAGGACGCGCUGGAAGCCUCCAGGAUGAUGGAGUCGCUGCCAGACUGGAUCGAGACUCGACGCCUUCGAGCAAUGCCUACAAGGGACAUUUCGAAAUCGCUGCGCCGACCGGCGAACGUCCAAAGCGUGUUGCAAUGCAUCUUGCAAGACGGGCUGCCUCUUAUUGCGGCAGGAAAGGUAAGAGGCGAAAAGCUCGUUGCGGUCUUGCGGGAAGAGUGA